AUGACUUCUGAAGUUUUAGAUUCUACCGCACCAUCAGUAGACGUUUCUCGAUACGAGGUAGCUAUAGUCAAGCAGGCUUGGCUUGCAUUAAAUUUGUUUCGCAACUACCAUCAAAUCAACACCAGCAAAACCGCAACAAAUACAUCCGAAUUAAUUCGCGACGAGUUUACCUUUCGUGAAUUCCAACAGAGUCUUGCCGCUAGGAUUUUUGAUAGAUCAUCAGCCGAAGAGCUCACAACAACAAGUUUGAUUUCAACUCCAAAUAUCGACCAUGAUUUAUUUGGCGAUUCUCACAACACCACUAAAUCAAUGUCAGAUUUCGAUGUUGAUGAAAUUCUAUACGAUUACCAAAUCGAACCUUUGCUUCAAUUCGUUACAAUCAUGAUCAACUAUUUAGAUCUCAACAUGAUCCAACCAGGUGAAUCAAUGAUUAAUCUCCUGAAAAAGAACGUUCGUUUAUAUGGCAUGUCAUCAGUCAAGUAUCAAAUCUUUGGUGAAUGUUUGAUACAAACCAUGGUUGAAAAACUUGCCAUAACUGACGCUAGCAAAUUCCAAGGCGAAGAGCAGUUUAUUUUUAAUAAGUUCUUGUCUCAAGUUUUAAGCUUUUUGGCUUAUUACAGUCGAGACACAACAGUGACGCUCCCAAGAGAUCUCUCAUCAAAACAUACAACUAAACUACUGCCAUACUCGGAAUCAUUAUACCCAGUGCCAACCGUAUCGGACAAUUUGAAUGAUGAGGUGAACCCUACCCCGUAUGCUAAGUUGACUCCACCUGUUAAGCCAGUAACUAGGCCGUCAAUUAGCUCAAGUCAUUCAAUUUAUACCGAGAAAUCAUCGGAUUUGUCCCUUGGCCAUCGUCACAACGAUGAACUUUCUGAUUAUGCAUCCGAAUACGAUAUCAAUUCAAAACAGUCCUCACCCACCGCUAAAGAUGAACUACCCCUUUUACGUAUGUCGUCCAAUGAGUCGAUUGGGGACACAUAUGAUUUGUUGAACUCGUUUAGGUGUUAUCAAACACCACUAGAAGUUAACAGGUACGAUCAGCUUAAACGGUCCUUUUCAGUAACUUCUUCUCGUGAGUCGAGUGGGAAAAAAUGGGGGUUAUUCAAUAGAAACAAAACUGGCCUGAGGCAAAAAAAGAGUGGCGACUUGCAAGACCAGUAUAAAGAUAGAUCAAAACCUAGGACGGGACUCUAUAGGGUGAUUAGUCGUAGGUGA